GAGCGUCUUCGCAUACAAUUAUGGCACGCUCAAAAUGAAUGAGUCUCUUUCUUGUGGCGCUCAGAAAAAAGUGACGAGCGACUCGAUAUACCGCAUCAAUUCGAUCUCCAAGAACUUUGCGUCAUUCUCAGCUUUGGCUGUAGAAAACCUAGCAAAAGCGCGAAUCGAUGUCCCCUUCGAGCUUACACUAGACUCGCCUGUUCGUCAACUACUACCGCAGUUCCGUCUUCCUGAUAAGGACUGGAUCGAUGGCGGACGCGAUAUCACACUACGCAUGCUUGCUAGUCAUAGUUCUGGACUAUCAAGAGAAGGAUAUAGUACCGAUUUCAAUAUGGUACUCGCUACGGGCAAAGCAGAUGCAGAGACUAUCGGGGCAAAGUGGGCAGCCGCAACACCAGAAGGGAAUAUUGAAUAUGCUGCAAAGACAAACCUCAUGUUCGCACCAGGGCAACGAGCGGGAUACUCGAAUCUUGGCAUGUCCAUCCUCGCGAGCUCGGUCGUGAACUAUUACAACAAGAUCACGGGAUCAAACCUAAACUGGAGCCAGCUUACCAUGCAGCAAAUCUUAUCCCCGUUGAACAUGACACACAGCUUCUUUGGUUCCAUUCCAGACUCGCUGCUUCCAGAUGUAGGUGUUCCGGGAGGUCCUAACUGGGCUGAUCUUGUAGUCGGCCUUGGAUAUGAUCCUGCAGCCGGUAUGUGGAGUUCAGCCAACGACCUCACUAAAUAUCUAUAUAACAUUUGGCUUCGCCCAGAUCCCCUCCCUCUCAUUAGUCUCUCGCAGCGUCGACGCGCAUUACAGCCCAACGUAGCGCUUCCAGACGGCAAGCAAUUAGUAGGUCCUGGCUGGGAGAUAGAUCUCUUUGAGGUUCCUAUCUCGGCUGAUGCAUCCGCGCUCAACAAAACGUAUUCAGCAUACGGAAAAGCUGGUGAUGGAGGAGGGUGGCACUCCUGGAUAGACGUGAUCCCUGAGCUAGGAUACGGGUUGGUUGUUUUGACGCAGGUUUCCGGGUCUGCGGACUAUGUAUCAAUCUCUCCGUCAGCUCUGAAGUCCGUAGCUCACCAACACCUCAUGCCAGCGUUUGCAGAGGCACUGACAAGCCAAAUGGAGAAACGUUUCGCCGGGUGGUACGGUGACGGAGAAGACGGCGGCCUGAUCACGGAAGAAGUUGCGAAGAACGAAACAAACGCCACAUCUUAUGCGAAGCUUGAGCUGGAAGGCCAGGUCUUGUACCUACGCGAGCUCGUCGUGAAUGGUACCAGCGCAUUGGAAGGCCUCGACCGCCUCGGCUGGACGGACGAUUACCAAGUCCGAUAUUUCUCUACCCCUGCUGGAGUUGCAUUAACACCGGCAGAGGGCGCGGCAGAGAAUGACGAAUUCGGGCCAGGUACUCAAGUGUGGAGAAUGAUGAUUCCGGGGCUGGAGUUUUGCGACUGGUUUGACUUUGAUGGAUAUCUGGAUAAUAACGCCUGGCCGCUGGUAAAAAUCGCGUUUGUCGAAAGUGGAAAUGGCAUCGAUCUGCAUUACCCGCCGUUCGACAUAAUUCUAUCGAGAGUGAAACAAUGAGCAGUUGCCAGCAUUACUUGGCUAGUGUUGGCGUGACCGACAACAAAACCUGGACUUUUGUAGUUGCGAGAAUUCAGGG